AAGUAUGGGUGUUGCGAAUGGUUUGUUGACGGGAUAUCGGAAGGCUUGUCUCGUCAACAUCACGAAGAAUAACCGUUCGCUCAGCCUAACAAACAACAAGACCUACAUCUGGGCGAUAAUUAUGCAUAGAGCAAUAUUGGCGAUAGCCGUGGUUUUUCCAUUUGUUGGUUUUGUGAAGUCAUUGGUCCCGUCAUGCAGUUCGCCUCCCUGUCUGUUCUUCAGUACUUCAUCGCGUAUCAAGUCCUUGUCGCUUAGUAACCCCUCUUCAUCGACCACUGUUAUUAAAAGCCUGAGUAAUGCGAACGCACUAGCGAUAGACGUUAGGGAGGGGCUGUUGUUUUGGAGUGAGACUCAAGCGAUCAAGAGCUUCAACCUGAUAAGCGGACAAACCAAGACGAUUCAAUACAGACCGAACAGCCAGGUGCGCGGGCUGGCUGUGGACUGGGAGAGCUCGCUAUUAUACUUCACGGAUUUUUUCUACGAGGAGAUUGGUAUCGUGACGUAUGACGGCAAGCGCAAUAAGACCCUGAUCACCGCCGGUGUCGCCAACCCCCAUGGGAUUGCUGUGGACCCAAGCAGCGGUUACAUGUUUUGGACAGACUGGGGCAACAAAGCGCGUAUCCAAAGAGCCUCGCUUUCAGGCCAUAACCAGACCACCCUAGUGGAUUUGCAAUCUUCUACACAGAACUACCCCCACGGGAUAGCGCUUGACCUUGCCGCUAGGAGAGUGUACUGGAUCGAGAGUGCGACAGAUCAGAUCCUGUCUGUUGACUACGACGGGCACAACGAGCGGUCAGUACACUCUACCUAUCACGAUAUGCACGAGUCGGACCUGGUGAUGGUACAAUCAAUGUUGUACUGGAGCGAUUAUUAUUUCGAUGUUAUUCGCAAGACCGACAAGGCUUCUGGGAUGACGACAAAAGUGUAUUCUGACUCGUAUCUUGUGAAGGGGCUUGCUGUUUAUGACACAGGGAGCCAGCCACAAGUGUUUCAUGAAUCAGGUCAGACCACGUGCAAGGCCGGUGUACAUCAAUGUUCUUACCUCUGCACUCUUUCCCCACAUGGAGCCCAGUGCGCAUGUCCAGACCACCAGGACCUUGCCGUUGACCAACAAACUUGCAACAAAGAGAACACAGGAGAAUACCUUCUCUUUGCCGACUGGCGCAACUUGCAACACAACAACAUGGACGGAACGAUUCGCAAAAUCUCCCUCACUUCAAGCAACCCUCAACCCGUAGCCCUACCAAUACCCACCCUCAAACAGCCAAUCACAGUAGCCUAUGACGUCAUAGAGGGGUAUGUCUACUGGUCGGAUGACUAUUAUGCUCAUAUAUCAAGAAGCACUUUGAAUGGCUCGUCUAUCAGCGUGUUGGUACGCGGUCUAGGGAGUGUGCGAGGUCUGGCUGUGGAUUCUGUUGGAAGAAACCUGUAUUGGACGGACAAGGCAGCGAAUAAGAUCGAGGUCGCCCGCCUUGAUGGCUCGUAUAGAAAGACUUUAGUCUAUAAGAACCUGGCAAGACCGACCGCCCUGACUCUGGAUAUAGGGAAAGGUCAUCUGUACUGGACGUCAUACGGGAACUUCUACAACAAGCCUCGGCUGGAGAGACUGGACAUGAAUGGCGACAAUCGCGUUCUCAUCCGACAACUCCCUUGGGACGCGGCACCUGAUGGAAUGGCGCUAGAAGGAAAUCGAAUUUAUUGGACAGACAGCUCAGACAGCUACUAUCAUAGUAUUCAGUACAUAUCACUCCAGAAUCCGCAGUCCAUAUUUUCCCUGAUUUCCAGCCCCACUGAUCACUUUGUUGGCCUGGCGAUAAUGUCAGGGGAUGUCUACUAUACGAAAACUAUGUCAACAUUCAGAACAGGAUCAGUAGUCCGGACUCGUGAAAACACAAAGAUCGAGCUUGCCUGGUACAUGAAUAAUCCAGAGGGUUUGUGUGCAGUAAACUCCAGCCUUUUGACGAACCCAGGUGAUAAUCAUAGCGAUGAUGAUACUGUAUCGACCUUGUGUAAAACAAACAACGGCGGGUGCAGUCAUUUAUGUUUGCUAUCACCGAACGGCUCCAAGUGCGCAUGCCCGAAUCAAAUGACCCUGAAACCUGAUGGGAAGACAUGUUUCCACCAAGAAUUCCUCGCUUAUGCGGUCAGCGGUAGCCGAAGCGAACGCGGCAUCUUUACCCAUAAGAUAAACUCCGAUGGAAGUCUGGGACCUAGUCAACAGAUCCCUCUCAAUAACCUACGCAAGCCCUACGUCAUCGACUACGACCACGUGACGCAGUUUAUGUACUGGACUGAUGUCUAUCAUGGGCACAUCUCCAGGGCACUUAUACGAGGAGGCGCACAAGAAGUACUCGUAUCCGGGCUUUCUAGUCCAAAGGGGAUAGCUGUGGAUGUGACGGGGGGGAAUCUGUAUUGGUCGGAUGAAGGACUGGGGCAAGUGGAGGUUGCCAAGCUCGAUGGGAGGUUUAGGAGGGUUCUGAUUGGUAGUUUGGACUCGCCAAUGUCUUUGGUAGUAGACGUUGCACGAGGGUUUCUUUACUUCUCGUGCUGGGGACACAAUCCAAAAAUCCAACGUACAGACAUGGACGGACAGAACCUAAAGACCGUCAAGACUUUUUAUCACGUCCAACCACAUGGGCUCGCCAUGGACCACGCCCAAAACCGGAUCUACUGGAUUGACUGGUAUGGGGGUAGCCUUAAAUACUGUGACGUCAGUACUCUGCCGUGUGUGGCUCAAACGGUACUCAGGGGAAGCUGGUCGAGAAGUCCGUUCGGACUGGCUAUUAUAGAGAACUAUGUUUACUGGACGGAUACGUUUGCGAUGAGUGUGAACAGGGCGGACAAGCUGACUGGCGCAGGGGAGACGACCGUGGUGCAUGUUCCAUCAUCCGGGAUUUUACGAGACCUACACGUCUACUACAACAGUUCGGCACCACCAGCUAGAAGACAGCUCAAAGGCAAAUGGGAAGACGGUGAAAUGAGAGUUAUCUUGAAUAUUGGCUGUUAUAGAUGGCAUUAUCGCGGGGCUCCAUGGUUUUAUUGAAGUGUUGAAUGCCGAGUUGACUUCCAGUUUUGUAUUUUUUAACUUUAUAUCAUUCUGCGGGGUCUCUUGACUUCCAUCCGCGUUCAUUUAUUUUCCGUGGUACUUCCUUAUUUGGCAGAACUCGUACUGCCAGCGGCGGUCCCUGUUGUAUACAAGGUACCA